GUUGAUCCAGGAAAAUAUGAUUUCUUACAAGAUCGUAAUGGUCAAGUGAUACUUUUCAUAACCAGAAUGACAGAAAAUGAUAUUGGAUCUUAUGUAUGUCAUGCCACCAAUGAGCAUGGUGAAGCUCGGCAAAAAAUCAAAGUUUUAAUUGCUGAGUCACCAAUAUUCACGAGAAAAUUAGAAGAAACAGCCAUUAUGAUGCGUGGUGGAGGAAAAUUUGAAUGUUGUGUAACAGGUGUUCCUACUCCAAAGAUUAAAUGGUUUAAAGAUUGGCAUCCUCUCUAUGAAUCUAGUCGAAUUAAAAUACAGUGGACGGAUCCAGAUAAAUGUAAUCUUUCCCUUGAUGGAGCUAUUCUGAAAGACAGUGGAUUAUAUUCAUGUUGUGCUUCUAAUGUUGCUGGAUCUGCUUCUACAUCAGCAAGUCUUUCUGUAGAAGAAUCGCAAUCUGAUUACAAUUAUUACAAUUACAAUGCUGAGAAUGCUGUGAAGCCAAGAAAUAAAAUUUUUGAAGAAUUUUAUGAUAUCGGUGAUGAACUUGGAAGGGGAACCCAAGGUAUUAUAUAUCAUGCAGUUGAAAGAAAUAGUGGAAAAAGUUUUGCAGCAAAAAUGAUGCAUGGAACUGGUAAGAUUAGAAGUUUUAUUGAUGCUGAAAUGGAUAUUAUGAAUCAUCUUUCUCAUCCAAGAUUAGUACGUUUAUGGGAUGCAUUUGAAAGUAAAUCAGCUCUUACACUCAUCACUGACUUAUGUGGUGGAGGUGAAUUGCUAAAUAAUCUUACCCAAAGAGAAAAACUAACAGAAAGUGAUAUAGCUCAUUACAUUAAACAAGUUUUAGAAGGAGUUGAACAUAUGCAUAGCAAAUUUAUUGGUCAUCUUGGACUAACAAUAGGUGAUUUACUUAUAACUCGAGUGAACAGUGACAAUUUAAGAAUAUGUGACUUUGGUUUGGCUACUCGUCUUAAUCCUGGCAGAGAAUUUAUUCAAUUAUAUGGUCAUCCAGAAUAUGUAGCUCCUGAAAUAGCAAACAAACAGCCAGUAUCAUUAGCUUCAGAUAUGUGGAGCAUUGGAAUUAUUACAUAUUUACUAUUAACUGGUUCAUCACCAUUCCUUGGAGAAAAUGACCGAGAAACGUUGAAAAAUGUACAACAGGGAAAAGUCAAUUUCUUCCAUGAUAAUUAUGUAGUAUUAUCUGAUGAAGCAAAAGAUUUUGUUUCAAAAUUAUUAGUAGUUGAUCCAAGUGGAAGAAUAGAUGUCAAGAGUGCUUUGAAACAUCCAUGGUUGAGGGUAAGUUCAAGACCAGAUAUGGAAGCAUUAGAGAAUACUGACCAGUUGAAGGAUUUAUCAAAACGUUUAAAAUAUUGGCAUUCUAAUGCAUCAUGCAGGAGAUUUUAUCGCCGAAGACCACUUGAUUCUUGUUUCACUCAUCCUAGUCGCAUGAUAUAUCCUCAUGAUGUUGAAUAUACUCCACCAUCAACACCAGAAAGGCAUUUAGGACACAGUCAUGUAAAACCAGCUGCUUUUGAUGAUGUAACAUUUCAGCAAAAAAUUGUACGCGAGCCAAUAGAUUUUCGUUCAGAAAGUCAAUACCAAAGUGGACCAGAUACAUUCCUUCUUCCACUCCAUGAUAGAGAAUUUCCAAUAAGAGUAAGACAGUAUUUGAGACUUGGAGCAAGAAGAAGUCCUACUCUUGCAGAGCAUUUGAGACAAAAACAUUGGGGUGAUAGUGAGAUUACUGUUAAGGAAAGGCGUCGUUUUGUUGAUGUAAUGGACAAAGAAAUUUCUGAUGAGAAAAGAGGAUUGGUACAUUCCACGCCACUUCGACUUCAAAAAGAAUUUGGAUCACUUGGAACUGAAAUUGGAAGAAAAAGAAGUAUUCAGAAUGCAGAAGCUUCUCCUCCAUAUUUUCGAGAGAAAAUCAGAGAUGUAGUUAUCAGAGAAGAUGAAGAUGCUGUAUUUAAAUGUUUUGCUGUUUCAAAGCCUCCACCUCUUUAUUCUUGGUUUAGAAAUGAUGGUAUUCUCAUUGAAAGCAGCAGAAUUGAAAUGAAGCAUUACAAAGAUGGUCAUUGUGAAUUACGAUUAAAACCAGCUAAAGGAUAUGAUGUUGGCUUAUAUAAAUGUGUGGCAAGGAAUACUUACGGUGUUAUAACAUGUCGUGCACGAUUAAAAAUUGGAGAUGUCCCAGGUCAUCCUGAGCCACCAACCGUUCAACAGUGUUCAGAUACAGAAUUAUAUGCUGUUUGGAAUCCACCAAAAAGCGAUGGAAAUUCUCCUAUUUUGUGUUAUUCUUUGGAAUAUAAAAAAUCAGGUUAGUUGUAUAUACAUAUA